AUGGAUGACAGCGUGGUAGCCCAGUUCACUGAGAUUACUGGCGCGACGCCUGAGACGGCGACACAGUACCUACAGCUCUCCGAUUUCAACAUCGAGCAUGCGAUGCAGCUCUUUUUCGAAAACGGAGGCGCCCCCAUGGGCGAUGUAGCUGCCCAAGUCCGUCACUCCGGAUACGAAGAUGAAUCAGGCGUUGUUCACAUCGAUUCCGACUCAGAUGACGACAGGCCGACUCGAUCUACACAACCUGGAGCGGGUACCACGUUUGAUGAUGAUGCUGCCAUGGCUCGUCGCCUACAGGAGGAAAUGUAUGGGGGUGGAGGUCCAAACAAUGACGAUGAUGAGGAUGAUGGUGUGCGGGCGCCUAUGGCGCGCACCACCGAGACGUUAGUGGGACCGGAGCUUGAUUUCCACGAUGGCGGCAUGCACUCCAAUAUUCUGGGCCAGCUACAUGGUGGGCGAAGUGGACGAGGUGGACGAGGUGGUCGACCUGGGAUCUUCAACCAACAAGACUCGGCGUCCAUAUGGUCCGGUAGCUCAGCAAACCCGCAAGAAAUAUUGUCGCAAGCGACGGGCGGCGCAUCAGAUGCUUCAUCUAAAUCCAACAUGCUCGCAGAGAUGUAUCGACCCCCCUUCGAGAUCAUGUCUCGUCUGCCCUGGGAUGUUGCUCGCCAAGAAGGCCGGGACAACGAGAAGUGGCUGCUGGUCAACAUCCAGGAUCAGUCUAUCUUUGACUGUCAAGUUUUGAAUCGUGACCUCUGGAAAGACAAGGGCAUUCAGGAAACCAUCAAAGAACAUUUCAUCUUCUUACAAUUCUCCAAAGAUGAUCCCCGAGCCGCACCAUACCUCCAAUACUACUUCCAAGCUAGCGAAGUGUCUGAUAACUACCCUCAUAUUGCCAUCGUUGAUCCUCGAACUGGUGAGAAGGUCAAAGCCUGGACUGGUCAGCCGGUUGUCAAGGGCCCAGAAUUUCUCAUGCAGCUCCACGAGUUCCUUGAUCGUUACAGUUUGAACCUAAACGUGCGCAAUCCGGUUGCGAAGCGGAAAUUAGACAAACCAGAGAAAACAGUGGAUGCUAUGACAGAGGAAGAGAUGCUAGAUAUGGCAAUGAGGAACAGUCUUGGUGAUGAAGCCCCAAAGCCGGAUGACCCGGAUGACCUCACCCGGAGCACAACUGAUAUCAAGGGCAAAGGCAAAGCCACAGAGGAUGAUGAAAUGGGUGAACCAGAGCCUGUCGAAGAGGCCGGAAGCUCUCUAUUUUACUCCAUCCCCAGUGACCAGCCCCACGUUGAACCGGCUGCUGACCCUGCCACGACCACUCGCAUCCAAUUCCGCCACCCCGCUGGCCGUGUCAUUCGGCGGUUUGCACUGACAGACCCUGUCCAGCGAAUCUAUGAGUGGCUAAAGGCAGAUCCCCCUGUGGAAGGCAAGGUUGGUGUGGAGUUCGACCUGAACUCUCUGGGAAGCAACUUAAUAGAAUCACUGCAAACAAGCAUUGAGAGUGCGGGGCUGAAGAACGGAACCGUCAACAUUGGGUACUUGGAAGACUGA